AUGAAUAUAAAAAGAGCGAAAUGCAUGUUCGAAGGAAAUAGUGCAGUUUGGGUUGACUUCCCAGAUAUAUUGGAAAAGCUGUCUAAGGCUAUAACUGAUGAAAGCACAGAUGAUGAUGGUCUGUGUGAAGGCAUAGCAAAGAAAUCUAGUGGAAAGAAGGAUGCAAAUAAAAAAGCAUGCCAACUUAUUGUUAAAGGUUUAACGCAUAUUUAUGGUAUUGACUUGUCUCAUGAUGAGAAAGAUCAGCAGAACCCUUUUCUGAACCAAUGGUUUCAACAAACUAUGGCAUGUCUUUUAUUAAAUGCAUUCGCAAAACAAAUGGAAGAUAAGUGUCCUAACACGAAGGAUAGCAUAAAACAGGCCUUCGGAUUCAUGAAUCAAAUUAAAGGAAAAAAAUGUGAGAAAACUUACCCAUGUGUUCCCUGCCAGAGGGAAGAAAACUAUGAAGGUUGCAAAGUAGGUGAACAGAACCUAGGGAUCAAGUUGAAAGAAUUAUUCGAGAACAAUAGCAAAAACAGCGAAAUAGAACAAACUCUGGAGGACAUAUGUAAGCAGAAUGCGAAGGCGCAGUCUAAGAGCCCAGAAACUAUCACAAACCAAGAACAGCUACCCGAUGAAACAGAAACCAGUGAAGAUCCAAAUUCAAAGGGAUCCGGUGAGGACACCUCCCUAAAUGGUCCCGAAGCUCCGGCUCCUCAACCCAAUGAUCAAGAAACUGCUCUUGCAGGACCAGCUGCUCCUGCCCAACUCAGUCAUCGGAUAAACCACGCUAAACUUACUUCAUACCUUCCUCUUGCUCCUGCCGUGCUUGGUAUUUCUAUUAUGAGUUAUCUCCUUUGGAAGUAUUUUUCCCUUGUUGGUAAGUCAAGAAAACGUUACAGAAGAGCUUAUCAAGCACGUGGUCCAACAGUACAAGAACAAACGCUUGCUCAUGUGGACGACCAGGCAAAUGGUCCACAUGCAUAUACCUUAGGAAAGGAACGCAAACCAAGAUCAGCUCGAACCAGGAGGAAAAAACGUGCCGUUCGUCGCCGCAUGAUUAUUGAUAUCCAUUUAGAAGUCUUAGACGAAUGUCAAAAAGGGGACCUACAUUCGACGAAGGAGGACUUUUUUGAAAUCAUUGUGGAAGAAUUUAUGGGACUAGGGUUUAGGGAGGAAGACUUUGUUCCUAAGGAACACGUUCAAAGUUCAGAUUCCGGGUUUAGGGUGUAG